GUCGGCGGCAGCAGUUCCAGCAUUUCUCUGCCGCACUUCGAUCGAAACGGAGGUACUUCCGCUCCUCUCGCCGUUUGCUCGCGUGUUUUUGUUGUUCGUCCAUCGCAUCCGCCCCCCGCCCGCCCUUUCGCCGAAAUCAAGUGAUAUCCGUCUGUGGAAGACAAAAGCCAUGUUGAAAUCCAUUCUCGUUUUGUCGUGCCUUCUGGUGGUGGCCACCAGCAACAGCCUCGUCAACGCCGAGGAUCUGAAAGUGGAGGUGAUCAGCACCCCGGAGGUUUGUGAUCAAAAGUCGAAGGCCGGCGACUCCCUCACGAUGCACUACACUGGAACACUGGCGGCCGAUGGCAAGAAGUUCGAUUCGAGCUUCGACCGCGACCAGCCCUUCACAUUCCAAUUGGGAGCCGGCCAGGUGAUUAAGGGUUGGGAUCAGGGUCUGCUCAACAUGUGCGUGGGUGAGAAGCGCAAGCUGACCAUUCCUCCCCAGUUGGGUUAUGGUGAUCAGGGUGCCGGCAAUGUGAUCCCGCCCAAGGCCACUCUUCUUUUCGAUGUGGAGCUGAUCAACAUCGGAAAUGCCCCGCCCACAACCAACGUGUUCAAGGAGAUCGACGAUAAUGCCGACAAGCAGCUGAGUCGCGAAGAGGUAAUCGUCUAUGUCAGCGAGUAUCUGAAGAAGCAGAUGACCGCCGUCGAGGGCCAGGACUCCGAUGAGCUGAAGAACAUGCUCGCCGAGAACGACAAGCUGGUGGAGGAGAUCUUCCAGCACGAGGAUAAGGACAAGAACGGCUUCAUCUCCCACGAGGAGUUCUCCGGCCCCAAACACGACGAGCUGUAGAGUUCGCCAUUUUGGGGGUUUUUGUGGAAGGGACAAGAGUGCUUAAGUUAUAUAAAACCCAGAUAUAUACAUACACAGAUCUUAACAAUAUCAAACAGACGAGGCCGAAGCCGAGCAAUAAAUCGAGUGAACCACUGAUGCUUCCCGAUGUCAUUUUGUAUAUAGCAUACAUAUCAGCAUCUAAACAUCAAAAAAACAUUCAAGGAGUGCAUUAUUAUUUCGAGACGUAGUUUAAAUUAUGUACAAUCUGAGAGGGAAUGAACAUCAUUUUUAUAUACAUUUAUAGGUUGUUAUAUACUUUGUGUCGUCUGCGGGUGGUGACGAUUUUUUAGACCCGUCGUACAGAUAAUGUUCGUAUCGUAUUUUGUAAACCAGACACACACUCAAGACAAAGUCAAUUGGAACACUUUAAAUUGAAUAAAGAAUUGCUACCAAUAAUUUAACAACAA